UGUCAGUUACACUGAGUUGUCACAAAAUGCGCCUCGAUAUUUAGGCAAAAACUAUAGAAAACUAAACAUACUAUGCGCUCUGUUUUUGCAUACAGGAAAUAUUCACAAUAUUUCAAAAAUGUAAAAAAAAUUGUUUGGUACAUUUAUUACACUUUCUAAUAAUUAUUCACAAAUGUGUUCACAAAGAGCUAUUGUGGAUAACUUAGAAUGUUGUAUUGACGAUUUGGUUGAAUGUUUCGAAGAUUUUAUCAGGAAAUCACUUCUUAUAAUAUUUCUGGGUAUUGGAGUUGUUAUUGGAUUGCUUAUCUAUUUGCUUAAAAUGAUAGCGGAACGUUCACCUAUCACAAAUAAUUCUAUUGCAGAAAACGAAAACCGUGUACUGACUAAAAGGUCAAUGAUUGAGGAGAAAAUUGAAAAAGAAAUUAUUUCCAAUAAUUUAGACGAAGAUAAGACAAUGAAAACCAAGGAAAAGCUAAAUAACAAAACAACUAAAAAUGAUAUUGUCCCCGUUAAACAUACUGCAGGGAUGUCAAAUUUCAAUAAUAUGCUACGAGAUGGAUGUCCGUCAUCGUGCUCUAAGCAUGGUUGCAGUGGAGUUUCUCCGAGUUUACCAUCAAGGGUGCCAGUUGCAAGUUCACCAAUUUCUUCGUCGAAACACACAAUGAUACCUUGUGUGCGAAAGAGAUCUUUAAAUAAAAGUAAUUUACCAUCUUUGCAAAUAUGUCCGCCGAUGACGAAACCAGGUUCUUGCUGCUCGAUGUGCUGUCAUGACGAAAAAAAAACAUCAGAAGAUCCCAAAGGGCCCAGAAUAUAUAGCAAUCGACAAUGAAAAUCAAACCUUAAGGUGAUAGAAGCGCAUAGGAUCCACCGUUCCACCAUUUUUGUGACUGUCAAAAUCGUUUGUUUGAAUUAAUGUUGUUUAAUAAAUUUGUUGUUAUUAAA